AUGCCCUCCUCUCCCCAACACCCCAUACCGGGAUCCGCCACAGCCGAGUAUCUGGAGCUGAACAAGCUCCCGCGGCGAGAGCACCAGCGCCGCACCUCUCCUCACCCGGAGCCGACAGGAAAUGGCGGCCCGCGUAAUGGCGACUACGUGCUACUAGGCGGAGCCGAGUGCGGACCCCCUCCCCCACCCACCACGCGGUCCCGCGAUCUCAUCCCCCGCACCCUCCCCCACCGCGGGAGAGACAAAGCAACGGAGGCAGCCCGGCCGUCCCAGCUCGCCCGCUCCCGCUCCCGGCCGGGGGAGCCCGAGUGCAAAGCCUCGCCACUUCCCGAAGCCUCUAGUACCACAAGGCGGACUGCGGAUCUACGCUCAGGGAAAUGGCGGAGGUGGGGGAGGGGAACCUCGGCAACGUUCCCUCCCAGAAUCGGCCAACCCCCAAGCAGCCCCCAAACGCCUCCCUCAGGCGGAGAAACAGGCCUCGAGCCCUCGCCCCCACGCGCCGUCCGCCCAGCCCCACUCCUCACCGGGCGAAGCUACAGCCCCUAUGCCGACGCGCCGCCUCAGCCGGUCACAGCUAGACAGAGAACGAGCGCAGGCCCCCGCCACCGUCCCCCGCCUCCCCGCGCUCGCCUACCCCGCCGCCGUGCCCGAUUGGCUGCCCCGGCUUUAGCGGUGGCGCGAGGGCGAAGCGAUUGGCCCAAGGCAGCAUCAAUCAAGGCGCCGGAGGAGGGGACGGCCCCGCCCCCCACCGGCGCCUCCCUUCAGGCUGUAAGGCCGCGAAGGGCCCGAGAAACCCUGGCUUGGAAAAAGUCAACGGAGCCUUUAGGGAGGCCAAACCCCUAUCCGAACCCAUACUACUCAAGCCCCAAUAACCCUAAUUACCUAUAG